UCCUGGAAAGGGUCAUGCUGGGAAGUAUGGGAAAGGUUCAGCUUUUGAUGCUCUUAGUUUAGGCUACUUUCAAAUGUUUCCUUACAGGGUGAAUUCUGGGAUUAUAAGAGGGUCGGUCUAAUCUGUUCUGUAUGACCAUAGGUAAUGCGAGGGGGAGGAGCGGAGACUGGAGAGGAAAGGGGAAAGGGUGGAGAAGCUGAACAGUGCUUGCAGCAGUAGGAAUCUAGUCACUAGCUGUUUUGCAGACUGCAAAACCAAAGAGAAUCAUACAGGGACUUUCCUUCUUUUGCCAAUAACUUUGGCUUCUAAAAUUUGAUUGCAUUGUUUUACCCAAAAGGAGUUUACAAGGGAAAAUACAGGGAUUUUGGAGAUCUGACCAGGAAAAACAGGUCAUACCAGAGGAUUCUGAGGUUUAAACGUGGAAACUGCUGAGAAGUGAAGGAGAACGUUACAUCCUCUCCCAGCCUUAGUUUGCAUGGAGCUGUAAUGUCGGGAUAACUCUGCCCCUCUUCAUGGGAGUUGUAUUCACGAUGGGUCCCUCAAAAAGCAACAGUCGGAGGAUCCUCCAGCAAGUGGUCACUAAUGCGACUGAGCUGGUGAAAGCCAUCCCGCAGGGCUGUGAUAAUGGGGCACUCACUGAUCGCUUUGGGGUUCUCAUCCAAAUGGUGCUAGCUGCAGCAGCGUUCAGCUGUCUCAUGUUGAAACGCUGGAGGGAACCAAAAGAAGAAAGACGACCCUGGAGAAUAUGGUUUUUUGACACUUCUAAACAAGCUGUUGGUGCUCUCUUCAUUCAUUUUACAAAUGUCUUCCUCUCACAGCUGACUGAAGAGGAUCCUUGCUCAUUGUACCUUAUGCAUUUUUUACUGGAUGCUACUCUUGGAAUGCUGGUCAUCUGGCUUUGUGUGAAAUGUGUAUCGAUAAUCGUGGAACCUCGACAAUGCACAACACUUGUAUUUGGGGAAUACGGGGACCCUCCGCAGGCAGCUGCAUGGCUUGGCCAGUGUGCGCUUUAUCUCUUAAUAAUGGUAAUUGAGAAGACCAUAAUAAGCCUUGUUCUACUCAUCAAAGUAUGGAUAAAGCUUCAGGAAAUUCUGUUGGACUACAUUCCAAAUCCUAAGCUGGAGCUUGUUCUGGUAAUGCUGGUGGUGCCCUUUAUAGUCAAUGUGAUAAUGUAUUGGGUGGUGGACAGUCUUAUAAUGAGGAAAUACAAAAGAGGAAAAGUCAAUGAUAUUUUUGAAAAUAAACUGAAUUCGGACAAUCUACCACCAGCAGCGGAUGAUGAAACACAAGUGUUGCUUGGGCCAUCCCCUGUACUUAUGUAUUGUUAACAUGUUCUAAAGACUCUGACAUCUGCUCCUGCUCAGCUUGAUCGAACAUCAUCUUGUGGUUUAUAUUUAAGACCACAUCCACAUAAUUUCAAUUCUUAAAGGACAUCCAGAGAAAACUGCUUGAAACAUACCAUCCCCUUCAUCGAAAUGUAUGGUGGUGAGGUGGAUCAUGAUGACGUGAAUUGUGUAGUCAUACACCUUGAACUUGCCCCUUGAACCUAUAUCCAGAAGAUAAGAGUGCCAUACAUCUACCCAGCAAUUCCCUGAUUUCCCAAUGGCGGUCUGUUGGUGAUGCGAUCCACUGGUCAGUGAACUCAGAUGAUCGUUAAUUUGUCAGGGGAUUGGCAAAAUUAUACAUGUUAAACAAAUACUGAUUCGCUGAGUCCAAUCAUUUUUGGUAGUAAUUGGUCUAUAGAGGAUUCCCAACAUGUUGGGUUUUGCCAGAUGACCCGAACAAGUCAUCGCAAAUCAGGAAUUGCUGCAUUUGAUUGUAGAUGUAUGGGCUCCUUUAGGCAAGUAUGAUUAGCCUAUACAUUAUCGUGGUGGUAAAGCACAAUGUUGCCUUAAAAGCUUUGAAAUUGUUAUAAUAUUGUAAUCAUAUUUUUUGCACAAAAUUUAAACCUAAUUUUUGUCUAUUAAAAUAUACAGAACUAGGGUCAAAAACCUAUUUUUGCCUAAAUGCUAAUAGUGCUUGUUAUUUUUAGUCUAGGUUUUUCAUUUUACUGGGUAUUUUAGCUAUUCAUUGGGCAAUACAGAGGUCUGUCCUUGACAUGCAGUUAGUUUAACUGCCAAGUAAUGGAAGGUCAUUUGAAAAACUGUUUUAUACAUUUGUACAAUGAAAUAUGUUGCUGUACAUGCCCUGCUGCAUUCUAUGACACUUUGGAAUUCAAUCAACAUCUCAUAAUCUCCGAUAAAUCAUGUCUCAUGUUGGCUUAUCGAGGAUAAUUAAAUAGCCCCGAGUGCGACAAUUAGUCGCAGUCACUGA